UGAAGAUAUCCGAAGGUCAUAGUUAAAGGUAUAGCAGACAUAAGAUAUGCGUUCACAUUUAAACAACUAUGACCUAACAACAGAACAGGACACCAACAGUAGGCAAUCCGAUUGACUUAAGCCGCUUUGAAUAAACGGUUAUUGUGUAAUAGGCUUAAUGUGUAAUAAUAAUGGUUCAAUACUUAACUGCACAAAUCUCACCAACAACGAAUACAUUGAACCGACAUCGAACGCAGCUAGUUCUUCUGCCACCCAUUCAAGAAACGUCCACAAGUUAUGAGACGCCACAAAUCAAAAUGGCGUCCAGAGGAAACACUCAUAUGAUUUACCGUAGUAUUCCACCACGACCUCAUAGUUAUACUUUCACGGAUAUUCUGGACGGUUUACCAAAAUCUAGCAGAUCGAAAACAGCACCAUUACAUACGACGGUUCCUGAAGAAUAUAUUCAAAGAUUUUGCAGCCGGGCUACUGCCAAACCCAAAGUGAUUGAUUUUGAUGGUGGUAAUGUGCAAAACUCCAGAGUUACUCACGUGAGCAAGAAUGGAUUUUUUCCUCCUUUAAGAUUAAAGUUACUGCAAACGAAUCACAAACCCUUGGAAUUACAAGAACCAGGUGUACAACUCUCUAGACUUCAAUUGGCACCACUGUCUAAGAAAUCCAUGAAAGGUCGCCGGAACAAGCAGAAACCGUUAGUAUCAUCAAAAUCAAAUCCCGAAGUCAACAGAUCAGAAAAUAACCUGCCUUUAAAGGUUCCAUUGCCAGGAUCAGAUUCCCCUAGAUUAAAGUCGACGCAUUCGAACGUAACCUCGACGAAUAGUGUAGGGAGAGAGGAAUACCAGGCUUUGGAAAGUGUUGAUUCGAAUAUAGUUUACCCGAAUAUCAUGUCCCACAGUGAGGAAUUCGACGAUCUAAGCAACUUCCCACCACCAAAGAAAAUCAUGCCAAACCGAGAAUUGCCGUGGGUCUAUCGUUUUAAAGUGAAGAAAGGAAUGAACGCUUUGUCAAAAAUUAUGGCGAGUAAGCCAACGAUGUUCGGCGGUAACGACCCCACUACUGUUGAAUGAUGGUCUAUGAUAAAUUGUUAUUUUAACUAAAUUUGUUCUCUUUAUAAGCUACUAUCCCGGUAUAGUCGAAAAGGAGUUGAGUACUAGUACUAGUACAAUGUACAUGUAAUAAAUUGUGAUACAGGACAUUCGUGUACAAUAUGAACUUAACUAGAAAUGUCUUCUUCGAAAACAAUUGCUAGGGGAGAUAUUGAUUAUGUAAGCAACAACAAACUGUAAGAAUGUGAUGUAACAAAUAUCUGACACAACUAAUAUUUCGUUCGUUGGAGUUCGAUUUUGAUAACAAAAAAAUUGUAUUAACAUAAUUAAAUUGUCCAUUCUAGAGUCUAUAUCAACUACAUUCUAUGUUUAGAAGGAUGAUUUCUUCUGCACAAUUUCAAGCUAUUACAGACUUCAUUCUUAUACCUUGACUGCAUUAGCCACUAUUCUUUUACCACGGAAUGCAGGGGAUAUGUUGUAAUAGAAAGCCAGAGAGUACAGCUAAUCUGAGCCCUCGACAUAAAGAUUGUGUUCAGACUUUCUACCAAGGCCUCUGAUUGGCUGUAUUUGCUAGUGUACAAUGCGCAGUCAAGGUAUAAGUGCGAAGCAAUAGCUUGAUAUUGUGAAGAUGGGAUGAUGUGAGACUAUCCUCCUUCUGCUGGUAAAACAGAUAUUUAGACAACUGAAUCACUUGUCUAAGUCUGUAGUUCGUGCGAUGAGCAAUAAUCAUGAAUGGCACGUGUGGUCCAAAAUAUACGACUGUCAAUAUAAACCUCAUAAUAACUACACAAUAAUCGAAAUAAGAUUAUAUAAUUAACAGAAGGUAAGAAUGCAACUCCUUUAUU